AUGCUCCUAAAUUUCCACAUUCCUGUACCACUGCAUAUAAUUUUUCGUUCGGGGUCACUACUUGCAAGCUUGUUACUUGAAGUCGCAUGGCGAGGAAGACGUUAUGGAACAAGAAAAUACCUAUCGGUGUUCGCCAUCACUAUUGGGAUCAUUAUUUGUACGCUUGCCACAAGCUCGAGUGAUCCAAGUGGUUUAUCUUAUGAGGAGGCAUCGCAACAUUAUCGUGAAUGGACGAUAGGUACAUCCAUUUUCCAAAAA